AUGGAGACACAUCAGCACACACAGUAUAGGAGUGGAGACAGAUCACCACAGUAUAGGAGAGGAGACACAUCAGCACAGUAUAGGAGUGGAGACACAUCACCACAGUAUAGUAGUAGAGACACAUCACCACAUUAUAGGAGUGGAGACACAUCACCACAGAAUAGGAGUGGAGACACAUCACCACAGUAUUGGGGUGGAGACACAUUACCACAGUAUAGGAGUGGAGACACAUCAGCACAGUACAGGAGAGGAGACACAUCAGCACAGUAUAGGGGUGGAGACACAUCAGCACAGUAUAGGAGAGGAGACACAUCACAACAGUAUAGGCUAGGAGACACAUCAGUACAGUAUAGGAGGGGAGACACAUCACCACAGUAUAGGAGUGGAAAAACAUCACCACAUUAUAGGAGUGAAGACACAUCAGCACAGUAUAGGGGUGGAGAUUCAUCACCACAGUAUAGGAGUGGAGACACAUUAUCACAGUAUAGGAGUGGAGAAACAUCAGCACAGUACAGGAGAGGAGACACAUCAGCACAGUAUAGGGAUGGAGACACAUCAGCACAGUAUAGGAUAGAAGACACAUCAGCACAGUAUAGGAGAGGAGACACAUCAGUACAGUAUAGGAGGGGUGACACAUCACCACAGUAUAGGCUAGGAGACACAUCAGUACAGUAUAGGAAGGGAGACACAUCACCACAGUAUAGGAGUGGAGACACAUCACCACAUUAUAGGAGUGAAGACACAUCAGCACAGUAUAGGGGUGAAGAUACAUCACCACAGUAUAGGAGUGGAGACACAUCACCACAGUAUAGGAGUGUAGACACAUCAACACAGUACAGGAGGGGAGACACAUCAGCACAGAGUGGAGACACAUCACCACAGAAUAGGAGUGGAGACACAUCACCACAGUAUUGGGGUGGAGACACAUCACCACAGUAUAGGGGUGGAGACACAUUACCACAGUAUAGGAGUGGAGACACAUCAGCACAGUACAGGAGAGGAGACACAUCAGCACAGUAUAGGGGUGGAGACACAUCAGCACAGUAUAGGAGAGGAGACACAUCACAACAGUAUAGGCUAGGAGACACAUCAGUACAGUAUAGGAGGGGAGACACAUCACCACAGUAUAGGAGUGGAGACACAUCACCACAUUAUAGGAGUGAAGACACAUCAGCACAGUAUAGGGGUGAAGAUACAUCACCACAGUAUAGGAGUGGAGACACAUCAGCACAGUAUAGGAGUGGAGACACAUCAACACAGUACAGGAGGGGAGACACAUCAGCACAGAGUGGAGACACAUCACCACAGAAUAGGAGUGGAGACACAUCAGCACAGUAUUGGGGUGGAGACACAUCAGCACAGUAUAGGGGUGGAGACACAUUACCACAGUAUAGGAGUGGAGACACAUCAGCACAGUACAGGAGAGGAGACACAUCAGCACAGUAUAGGGGUAGAGACACAUCAGCACAGUAUAGGAGAGGAGACACAUCACAACAGUAUAGGCUAGGAGACACAUCAGUACAGUAUAGGAGGGGAGACACAUCAGUACAGUACAGGAGAGGAGACACAUCAGCACAGUAUAGGGGUGGAGACACAUCAGCACAGUAUAGGAGUGGAGACAGAUCACCACAGUAUAGGGGUGAAGAUACAUCACCACAGUAUAGGAGUGGAGACACAUCAGCACAGUAUAGGAGUGAAGACACAUCAGCACAGUAUAGGGGUGAAGAUACAUCACCACAGUAUAGGAGUGGAGACACAUCAGCACAGUAUAGGAGUUGA